AUGUCUGACCAGACAUAGAGGGAACGAACAAGAGUGCUGCAAAUUGAAGCCGGAGGAAACGAAGUUGAUCGAAGUGGAAAAAGACGAUAUAUAAAAAGUCAGUCAUUUGUGUGUAUGCAGGUGUGGGACAUUCCAAAUGUUCCAAAAGUGAGCACUCCACGAAUGGACAACAGUUUGCAGGACCUCUCAGGCACCCACAACCAGCGUCUGAUCGGGAAGAGGUCCAGUCUGCCCCGGGUCAGAACCACUUCUACAGCAACUACACAACUGUGUAUGCACUUAUCAUUAUUGAUAGCCAGUCUGAGCCAGAAGACAACAUGGAGCAAAGCACAGAAUACCUGACUGCGGCACACAUUGUUGCAGAACUCUCUGCAGAAAUAACAAAUACAUCUUGCAGCAGGUUCAAUAUUAAUAGAGCCAGUGUGUGGGAUGGAGCAAUCCGCGGCUUCAAAGGUGCCUCAUUCGAUCCCUCUCAUGAGAUGUCAGUUAAGUUCACUGAUGAUGAGGGACACACUGAGGAUGGAGGGGACACUGGUGGUCCCAAGCGUGAGUUCCUGACCCUCCUUAUGGAACGCCUGAGAAUGAAGAAAACAUCACGUCAGCAACUGUUUGUGCCCCAUGGCGGUGUGACUUUCCCAGCCGCUCACUGUCUCAAAAUCUGAUUCUAAAUGUAUAAUGUUCUUUAUAAAGAUAGAACUAAUACACAAUUAUGAAUGUAUAAUAUAAGCUGUUUUGUGUAUUUAAUCAUGCAUUGGUCUACAAUUUAAUGAUGGCUUCUACAUAUUUCACAUAAACAGACAAUGAAAAAAUGUGUCCUUCAUGCUGAUAACUAGUGUAUGCAUCUGCCAAUUAGUAUUCUAAACAGAGUAGUGUGUUGAAUCCUUAUUUCUUGCAUUUGAAGAAUGAACUUACUGUUGUGUUCAGCUUCUGCCACAAACUGUACAUGUUUGCCACAGGAGCCACAGAACACUUGAACUGUUCCCAGAUGCUGGCCACAGAAAGGACAAAACAUGGCGGCCUGAAAAGACAUACAUUGAUGUAGUAAAUCCAUUUAAUCAAGUUAAUCAAAAACACAUAGUCUAAAUAGUGGUUAGCUAAAUAAAUAGAAAGAUACAUCAUGUU